GCGAGACUAGCUUGAUCUGACACAUUUGACAAAGAACCGUGCCGCAUCUUUGGCUACGAGUUAUGGCACACGGUGAUUCUAUUCCAGGCUUAUGCUUAGAGCCUGAUUCUUGUACAAAGGACUUUAUAAUGCAGCAGACUAUGCUACGAAUAAGGGACCCCAAAGUUUCCAUCGACUUUUAUUCAAGAAUAUUAGGGAUGAGAUUGCUGAAAAAACUCGAUUUUCCGUCGAUGAAAUUCUCUCUCUACUUCAUGGGCUACGAAAAUGUUGACGACAUUCCUACAGAUGAAACUGAACGGACAAGAUGGUGCUUCAACAGACCUGCAACUGUAGAGCUGACACAUAACUACGGCACAGAAAACGACCCUGAAUUUAAAGGAUAUCACAAUGGCAACUCAGAACCCAAAGGCUUCGGACACAUUGGCAUCUCUGUACCAGACGUAGAUAAAGCGUGCGAGAGAUUUGAGAAACUUGGAGUGAAGUUUGUUAAGAAACCAAACGAUGGCAAGAUGAAGGGUUUGGCAUUCAUUCAGGAUCCCGAUGGAUAUUGGAUUGAGAUUCUCAGUGCUGGUAAAAUGGCAACAUAUCCACAAGUGUAAUUGUGUCAUAGCAAUGACUCUGGUUUGCCAGCCAGUUACAUCAACAAACUGUACAGUGACACUACUACGGUGCUACUAUGACAUUAUUAAUCAUUUUGUUUGCAAAUUGGUAUUGCAAUCCCUUCAUUAUUACAAAAUGCAGUAGUCUGGGUUA